AUGUCCGCCUCAACAAACUUCAACUUCCCCUCCCACCCCACCUCCCGCUCUCACGCCAUGCAAAUCGUCGAAGGCACCCGCGCCCUGCAACAAUCUCCUGCUCUCGCCUCUUCCACUUCCAAGUCCUCUUCUGCCAAGAACAACUACGCGGAAUCCACCACCUCAACCUCCAGCUUCUCCAGCCGAACCAGUCUCCUCAAGGACAAGUUCCGCUCCUCGUUUGGUUCCUCUUCUUCUUCUUCGCCGUCGUCUUCGGACAGCAGCAACAGCAACACCAAGUCCUCCGUGAGUAGCAACAGCAAGCCCAGCAAGCCCAUGACUAGCACCAGCCAGCAAGGGCUAUUUCUACUCGGUUCGCAAAUCAGGAUGGGGCACUAA